AUGCUCAUGGCGAUUGCAUUUGUGCCGACUAAUGACGUGAUCACCGCUUAUAAUGAACUUAUAAAAUCUGAAGGUUAUAUUCAAUAUGAAAACGAACUAAGUGAGAUGUUAGAUUAUUUCGAAUCAACAUGGAUUGGAGUCUUAAAACGAAAUAAAGUUGAUCGAAAUGACCCAUUAUUUAGAAUUGAAUUGUGGAAUUGUUAUAAUAGCGUAUUAAAUGAUGAAACUCGAUCUAACAACGGUAUUGAAGGUUGGCAUCGUUCUUUCAAUGCUUUAGUUCGUGUUCAUCAUGCUAGUAUUAUUAAAUUUGUAACUGCACUGAAAUCUGAGCAGACAAUUCUUGAAUUGAAGCUAGUACAACUAAAUACUGGUGUACCUUUGGUUAAACGACGGUGUCAGUACCUCAAUCAUGAUGUUCGCCUAAAAAGAAUUGUUACCGCAUACGACCCCAAUCUGAAGUUGCAAUACCUUAAAAAUGUCGCGGGUAUAUUACGGCUUUAG